ACUAAUAUGAGACACGGAGUAAUAUAAGGUAAAUUCUCCCUCUAAUUUCAAAUUCUUGAUUAGCCUCCAAAAUAGUGUCACUCAAAUUAAAGAUAUCAAAGUUCAUCACACUGGAAGAAGUAGAACAAAAACUCCUUUCACUGGUUCAAAAAUGUCCAAAUUUGAAAAUUCUCCAACAAAUCCAUGGCCAUAUAAUCGCUCAUUUGUCCCUUCCACCUCCAAAAAUCUCCUUUGUACUGUCCAAACUUCUCAGUUUUGCUGCCCUUUCACCUAAUGGAAGCAUUACUUAUGCCAAAAGAAUCCUUACCCAAAUCCAAAACCCGAAUAUAUAUUCGUAUAAUUCACUCAUUAGGGGUUUUCUUGAAUCGAAAAUGAGUUCUAAUGAACCACUUUUGAUAUUCAAGAAAUUGGUUAAGAGAAACUACCCGAAACCGAAUAGUUUUACGUUGGUGUUUGUGUUGAAAUCGUGUUCGUUUUCGAUCUUGACGGGUUUUAGUGAAGGGAGACAGGUGCAUAAGCAUGUUGUGCAAUGUGGGUAUGGGAGGAAUUUGUUUGUUCAGACUUCGUUGUUGAAUUUGUAUGGUAAAUGUGAGGAGAUUGGGUUAGCGGAGAAGGUGUUUGAUGAAAUGUCUGAGAGAAAUGUGGUUGCGUGGAGUGCGAUGAUUAGUGGGUAUUCGAGAUUGGGGAUGGUUAAUGAGUGUUUUGGAUUGUUUAGGGAAAUGCAGAAGACGGGGGUGGUGCCGGAUAAGGUGACUAUGGUGAGUGUGAUUUCGGCUUGUGCUAAGUCUGGAGCGUUAGAUUUGGGGAGGUGGUUGCACGCGUAUAUUGAUAAGAGAUCGAUUGAGAAUGAUCUUGAGCUCAGUACCGCGCUUUUUAAUAUGUAUGCGAAGUGUGGAUACGUUGAAAAGGCAAUCGAAGUAUUCGAAGCAAUGCCUUUUAAAGAUGCUAAGGCAUGGAGUUCGAUGAUAGUUGGCUUGGCAGUAAAUGGUCUUGCAGAAUAUGCUCUCGUGACCUUUUCAAGGAUGAACAAAGCUAAGGUGGAACCUAACCAUGUAACGCUAGUUGGGGUUCUUAUGGCUUGUGCUCAUAGUGGAUUAGUUUCUGAAGGGAAAAGGUAUUGGGCUAGUAUGAUUGAGUCUGGGGUUGAGCCAUCGUUAGAACACUAUGGUUGCAUGGUAGAUCUGUUAUGCCGUUCAAACUUAAUUGAUGAAGCUUAUUCAUUUGUUGAAGCCAUGCCACUCGCCCCAUGUCCAGCAAUAUUGCGUACAUUACUUGUUGGGUGCAAAAAGAACAAGAUCUUGGACAAAGGUGAAGUUCUCGGUCAACAUCUCAUUGAAUUAGAGCCCUGGAAUGCAGAGAACUAUAUCCUACUCUCUACUCUGUAUGCAUCAGUAUCAGACUGGGAGGAAAUGCGGCACGUGAGGAAACAGAUGAAAGACAAAGGUAUUAAGGCUAUGCCAGGAUGCAGUUCCAUUGAAGUUGACGGUUUUAUGCACGAGUUUGUGAUGGGUGAUUGGUCACACCCUGAAGCCGAGGAGAUCAAAGAGGUCCUAAGGGAUAUUUCUCAAAGGGUAUACUCUACAGGACAUGAACCUUGGAUUGCUACUAUACUGCACAAUGUGAGCGACGAGGAGAAGGAGAUUGCACUUUGUGAGCACAGUGAAAGGUUAGCGAUUGCUUUCGGCCUUUUGAAGACAAAAGCACCAACAGUGAUUAGGAUAGUGAAGAACCUUAGGGUCUGUAGAGAUUGCCAUGAAGUGACAAAGAUAAUUAGUAGAUUAUACAACAGAGAGAUAAUCGUCAGGGACAGAGUUAGGUUCCACAGAUUUGUAAACGGGGCUUGUUCUUGCAGAGAUUUUUGGUGAGACUUGCGAUAAGAGAGUAAGGCCAGGGACUAUAAUCAUGGUCAGCUAUCCAAAUGCAUUGCUGAGGUUAAAGUCAGUGUUUGCGCCAUGAACUGAGCAUUUCAGUGGGCGCCAGGAAGCCAUGUUGCUCGGACUCUCCAAAUAUGCUAACCGCAAUCCAGAAAUGCACUACAGUUUGGAGCAUGCAACAUGCACAUGUUGACAUUAUUAAGAAUUCGAGCAACAUAGCUGGGGCCUGGGAAGUAUGAACACCAAAAGGACCACAUCCCAGUAGUUGGAAGAUGGGGUUUCACUCAGAGAAGUCACCACUUCGGAGGUAAUUUCUCUAUCCACGUCUUCAGGUUUCAGAGAAGCAACCAAUACGCAACUGCACCACCAUUGUUGAACAUAUCUUGUUAUCCAAUUGUAGCAAAACACGAUACUUAUUGCAGUUUCGUGCAAUUCAAGGUAUAAUUUACUGU